CUGUUUUCCUCCACAUUCGACAUCCCAGCGCUGCCGACGCCAUCUUAUCGGAGAGAGGAGACCGGAGAGAGAGAGAGGAGGAGGAGGAGGCCGAAGACAGUGAACGAUGAGCGGAGCCAAAGCCCGCAGCGACGCGCCUGCUGUUGCUGAAAAUGUCUCCGGCGGAGGAGGCGGAGGCGGCGGCGGCGGAGGACACAGCAAGCCCGGCGGAGGGAUCCUCAAGAGGCUCAAGUCCCGGAGGAGCCAGCUGGACGGCAGGCCCGUCACGGAGGAAGACCUGCGGACACAAAGUGGACACAUCGCUCCGGAGGAUGUGUUAGCACUGCGGGGGGCUACGCGAGGGUACCUCUGUAAACCUGAGGACAAUAUUUAUAACAUCGAUUUUGUGCGCUUCAAGAUCAGAGACCUGGAGACAGGCACUGUCCUGUUUGAGAUUGCCAAACCCCCACAUACAGAGGACGACGAGGAUAACAGAGAGGCGGAUGCCAGCGCGGGCCGAUUUGUACGCUACCAGUUCACCCCAGCCUUCCUGAGACUGAGGACCGUGGGAGCUACGGUGGAAUUCACAGUUGGAAAUCGGCCUCUAAACAACUUUCGCAUGAUCGAGAGGCACUACUUCCGCGAUCACCUGCUGAAGAGCUUUGACUUUGACUUUGGCUUCUGUAUCCCAAACAGCCGUAACACCUGUGAGCACAUCUAUGAGUUCCCUCAGCUGUCUGAGAGCCUGGUCCGUCAGAUGGUGGAGUGUCCUUAUGAGACCCGGUCGGACAGCUUCUAUUUUGUGGAGAACAGACUGGUCAUGCACAACAAGGCAGACUAUGCUUAUAACGGAGGACAGUGAUAUCUGCCUGCUAGCAUGAAAAAACACGCGUACACACAUAUAAACUUGUGCAUGCACACACAUGUACUCACAUUUAUAGACUCGCAUACAUAUUAUAUACACACAUGCAUGCACAUAGCUCCACAUACACAUCAUUCAUUCACUGAAACGUGCACAAGCAGCUACGGACAGCGUUGAAUUACCUCUUGAAGUUGUAAAGAUAAACUGACUUUCACUGGGAUCAUUUUCAGGGGCCAUGUCUGAUAUUCCAGGAGGUCACUAUCAGUCUUUGCUCCGACGUAGAAACAGGAAGCUCCUUUUUAGAAAAAAAAUAAUUUAUCUGUUGUUAAUGAUGAACAGUUCAUUUUAAACCAUGAGAGGACUCAUCACUCUAGAGGCCAUGUGACGUCUCAAACGUCUCAAACAGACCAAAUGGUUAUUAGAUAGAUGGUAAGUUCCCUUCUUAGCAAUUUUAAAAGUGUCCUACCACCCCCUCAACACACGCACACACAUACAUACACACACAUGCACACACUCAAUCCCCAAGUGACACACAUAGUGUUUACGCAGUGUUUGUCAGAAGCAGCUGUUCUCAGAGCUACCGCCUCCACAAUCCACUCCAGACAAUAUCAGGGGAGAAAGAGCGAAAGCAUCCACAAAAACACUCCUGUCAAACACACAUGGUCACUCCUGCGCCUCCCCAUCUCCCAUCUCCCUCUCCUCUCUCGCUUUCACACACACACAAAAUCACAAAUACAUCGUUGCUUUUUUGUAUUUUCUUUGAUUGAUAGCAAAAUUAAUCAGGUAACAGUUAACUGCAAUGCAAUUUUAACCUCUGACUGCAAAUCAAUCAAAAGACGAUAACCCCUGACAGUCAAAAAGGAAAUUUCAAGUACAAAAUACUCAUAAUUUCUGAUAUCACAAUGCAUGUGAUGAUAUAAACAGAAAAAGGGAAACUAUUUAAGAAAUGGAAUACUGAAUACCAGAUAUACUGUGGAAAAAUAUGAAAAAGAAGUGUACUUGGUCCAAAGGUUUUGCGUCCUUAAAGUCACAUUAC